UGUGAACUUGACCAUCUUUUUCAAAGUGAUGUAAAACUUUGAUUUGCUCCACUGUUGAGCAGUCGAAGUGAAGUGUUGUGUAACAUGCACACACUUUGUUUUCCUUCUCUGUGUCACAGAGGUGUGGUUUGUUGGAACAAAUCCUCCUCCUGGAGCUGCUGGUCCCAGUUCAGCUGGAGGACUCCACCCUCAUGCUGUCAGGACGGGAAACACGAGUCAAACUCAGCCUGAACACAAGAGAGCACAGAAGAAGAAAAAGCAUCUGAACUGAUUCUCGGAGAGGACGAGAGGGUUUCCAUGCUCUGGGGCAAAACCUGCGAAGAGGAAGAAGAAGCUGCAGGAACACGUCAUCCUCACAGUCAGACUCCGAAUAAACACAGUCUUAUAUGAGCUGGUGUGAAGAGCGGGCAGAACGACAUAGACGAGCACAGAGAGAGAGAGGGAGCAGCUGGAAGCAACAGCGAGCUUCAGCAGUGAGGAGAGAGGAAGAGGAGGCAGCAGGACGAAGCAUGAAGGAGCUUCUGAGGAUCUGAGGAGCACAAAUCGGUUGCCAUGGGAAACGCAGACAGUCACAGCAGCUUCAUCUCCCCCAUCAAACCCUCCUGCUCGCUCAGGUUUUCCUCCAGGAGGGAGGAGGUGCCUUCAGCUCGCAGCUGGUGGAGGAGCAGCAGCCAGGGCAGCUGCAGGAGCCGUGGGCGGAGCUACCAGAGCCAGUACGUUGCUGGAGCGCCCCACACCUCCUGGCGCUAUGAGCAUGCACCCAGAGGAAGGGAGGAGCGGGUGCAGGGCAGCUGCAGGGGUCAGUUUGAAUACCGGGGGAGUGGUGGUGAGCGGGCAUCUCUGGAGAGCGGUGGCAGCCCAAAGGUGCUGCUCAGCAAAGAUGGCAGCAUGAGGGUGGAGUUCACCAACGCCAGGGUGGUCCCAGCAGAGCCACAGGCACUGGCACCCAGUGCUGCUGUCGGCCCAGAACCGUCCCUCCGGACCAGCAAGGGCAGCUCGCUCAGCUCUGACGGCUCCUGGUACGACUCGCCGUGGGGCACCGGCGGCGAGCUGACGGACAGCGUGUUCAUCUGCGGGCAGAGCGGCUACAACACCUGCUCCUCCACCCGCACUGAGGAGACCGCCACCAGCAGCAGCGGCUACAACACCUGCUCCUCUGCUCUGGUGGAGGACAUGUCACCUACCUCCACCCACCUUCUCCACCCCACAGAGACUGCCACAGGCCACAACUCCUGCUCCUCCUCCGGUCACACCGAGGACAGCGGCAUCGGGGACUCUGUGAUCCUGCAGCCGGACCUCACGGACCUCAUUUCACCCUGCAACGUCUACAGCAGCCACCACACGCUGGCUGCCUUCCCCACCGCACCAGAGCAGCUGGGCACCACCUCCUCUUCCUCACCACCAGGUGACAUCAUCCAGGAGGCAGAGGGUUUGAUCAGAGAUGUGGAGCAGCGCUACUCCUCCCACACGCUGCCCUGUCGCAAGGCCGAGCCUGUGAACUCUACCUCCACCGGGAACAACCGGAAAGACUUCCUGAAGAGCCGAAUCAGACAGCUCAGUGACUGGACGGGAAGCCUGAGCAGGAAGAAGAGGAGGAUCCAGGAGCCACACAGCAGCGACACAACUGAUGUCUUUACCAGCGGACCGUCUGGACCGUCUGCCUCCAGCACAUUGUGGUCCUGUAACCCACUCCACCAGCUGAACCAGAACCUGUUCCCUUCGGCCCACUGUGGCUCCUUCAGGAGCCUGAACCAGAACCAGACACAGAACAGUGAUGCUCAACGCCAGAACAUCUACGAAAACUUCAUGCAGGAGCUUGAAACGGGCUGCAGCAGUACGGCUGACCGGACAGAGCCGUCAGAAGGAGACGGAGAGGAAGACGAGGGAGAGGAGGAGAUGGAUGGGGAGGUGGAGGUGCAAGGAGGAGCAGAGGAGGUGGAUGUGCUGUUUGAGAAGGAGCAGGGUGUGGUACGAAGGGCAGGCUGGCUCUCCUUCAAAGCUCUUAUCACUGUCAACAAGGACGGGAAGCUGGAGCUCGUCACCCGUCGCAGGUGGAGGCACUUCUGGGUGACUCUGAAGGGCUGCACUCUGCUGUUUUACGAGAGGUUUGGACGGAGCGGCGCCGAGCAGGAGCUGUCGCCUCGCUACGCUCUGCUGGCCGACGACAGCAUCGUCCAGGCCGUCCCCGAACAUCCCAGGAGGGAGCACGUCUUCUGUCUGAGCAACUCGUAUGGAGACGUCUACCUGCUCCAGGCCACCAACCAGACGGACCUGGAGAACUGGGUGACGGCCAUCCACUCUGCGAGCGCCUCCCUGCUGGCCCGGCGGCAGGGGAAGGAGGACACGCUGCACCUGCUGCACUGCCAGACACGAUCACUGCUGCACAAGAUCGACAUGGACGGGAAGAUGAAGAAGAUGGCCGAGCUGCAGCUGUCUGUCAUCAAGGAGCAGAAGAACCGGAAGGCUGUGGAGAACCAGAUCCAACAAUGGGAGCAGAACCUUGAGAAACUGAACCUGGAUCUGUUCAGACUCAGGUGUUACCUGGCCAGUCUGCAAGGUAGUGAACUUCCCAACCCCAAGAGCCUCCUGGCCGUGGCCAGCCGGCCUUCCAAGAGCAUGCUGGGACGUCUGGGCGUCUUCUCCGUGUCCUCCUUCCACGCUCUGGUGUGCAGUCGGGAGGAGGCGGCGUUGUGGCAGCGCUGUCGGUCUCUGACGGGAGGAAGCGGAAGGAGGAGAGGCCUUCCAUCUUCUCUGAAGGUCCUGAAUGGGCUGGACAGGCACAGACGGAAUGGAAAAAACUUCGAUCUCCAGGAUCUGGACUGUGAGCCCAAACAGAGGCAGGUGGCGCCCUCUGCAGGUUACACAGCUGUUCUGCAGCUGUGUGAUGAACAGCCGCCUCCAGCUGUUGGAGUUCUCUCUCUGCACAUCUGUCGACCGGAUGCAUACCAAGACUUUGGUUUUGCAGUGACGGGUCACGUGGACGGAGCAGGUGAAAGCCACGUCUUCAUCAGCGAGGUCGACCCGCUGGGACUGUCGGCCCAACGAGGCCUCCGGGCCGGAGACGAGGUCCUGGCUGUAAACGGGGCUGCUGUGUCCAGACUGGACCUGGACUUCCUGCAGAGUCUCUUUGCACACCAGAACCUGCAGCUGUUGCUGAGGAGAGAUGAGUCACCUGAUCCAGAGGAGCCUGCCGGCGUCUGGCCCGACCUCAGCAUCCAGCCUUCAGACCCCCACACCUGGACUACAGACUCGCCUCUCAUCACCGAUGCAGCCCAAGCCCCGCCCCCCGUUUUUAACGACUCUUCAAUGCCGUCUGAGGAAGCUGAGUCACCUGAGCAGAACGUGGAGCGGGUCUGUUCACGGUAUCAGACCUUCCCUGAAAGCCAAGCACUGGACUCCGAAACCCCCAAGAACCCGUACUGCAGCGAGUCCGGACUGCCGCCAGCAAGCCCCGCCCACCUGAGCGUAUGUCAGCGCCUGAGAAAAGUCAUCCAGGAGCUGGUGGACACGGAGAAGUCCUACGUCAAGGAUCUGGUCUGCCUGUUCGACCUCUACCUGACGCCGCUGCAGAACGAGACGUUCCUCAGCAAAGACGAGAUGGAGGCGCUGUUCGGCAGUCUGCCGGAGAUGUUGGACUUCCAGAGAGUUUUCCUCCAAACGUUGGAGGAGAGGAUCGCCGCUUGUCCCAACUUCAGCAGCCUGGAAACUCCCGAACAGUUCAAGAAACUCCUCUUCUCGUUGGGCGGGUCUUUUCUUUACUACGCCGAUCACUUCAAGCUCUACAGCGGCUUCUGCGCCAACCACAUCAAGGUCCAGAAGGUUCUGGAGAGAGCAAAAACAGACGCAGCCUUCAAACACUUCCUGGAAGCCAGGAAUCCGACCAAUCAGCACUCGUCUUCUCUGGAGUCCUUCCUGAUCAAACCGGUUCAGAGAGUUCUGAAGUACCCGCUGCUGCUGAGAGAGCUGGUGUCCCUGACCGAUGUGGAGAGUCCCGAACACACACACCUGACAGAGGCGCUCAGAGCGAUGGAGAAGGUGGCGAGUCACAUCAACGACAUGCAGAAGAUCUACGAGGAUUACGGCUGCGUGUUCGACCAGCUGGCGGCAGAACAGAGCGGACCGGACAAACAGGUGACGGAGAUCUCGAUGGGGGAGUUUCUGGUGCACUCGUCGGCGGUCUGGCUGAACCCUCUGCCGGGUCUGCGACGCCUCCGGAAGGAGCCUCAGCUCAGUCUGUUCGUGUUCAAACGAGCCGUCAUCCUGGUUUACCGCGAGAACAGCAAACUAAAGAAGAGGAUGACGAGCUCCCGGUCAGCUGAUCUGGACCCCUUCAGGUUCCGCUGGUUAAUCCCAGUUUCAGCGGUCCAGGUCAGACCAGCCAACAUCUCAGGUUCGGACGACCCGUGUGUGUGGGAGCUGGUUCACAGCAGGUCUGAGGUGGAGGGCCGACCAGAGACGGUGUUCCAGCUCUGCAGCAGUGGUUUGGAGACGAAGGCCAGCGUCCUGCGAGCUCUUCGCUCGCUCCUCAGAGACAGAGCUCCCAGCGGCUCCCUGAGGAGGACCAAGCUGUCCACAGCUGAGAAGAGCGCCUCCUGGAGGAGGAGGCAGCACCUUCACCCCGACCCCUCAAAGAUGCCUCGUCAGGAGCCGGAGAUCUGCGGACCUGACGGCGUCCGAGGAGAAACCUGCUCAGAGCCUCUGUUGCCGAGCAACGCCUCCUCAGGAAGGAGGACCAGACUCUGCUCCCUGACCAGCGAGCUCGAGGCUCAGCUGCAGAGGCUCAACUUCACUGAGGAGGAGCGAGGAGGGACGCAUCAGGGCGCUGAAGAGAAGAGGCGGAGCUCCAGUCUAAGGCGGAGUCGUGGAGGAGAACCGAUGGACCCGAUCAGCCUGCUGGAGCGAGACUUCAGCGUUCAGAGCAUGACCUCCAUGAUCAAUGAGGACUGCUUCUACGACCCGGUUCUGGGGACCCAGACGGCCACCGUCCCCACACUGCAGGGACAGAGCUAAGGUGCUAACAAGAGACCGAGUCCAGACGCUGAUCCGGGAGACGUUUCGGAUCAGCCAGAGCUUCACACAGACCAGGAGCCAUCUGAUUGGCUGAGAGAGAACAGAACUCCCAGAUGAGGAAGAUCAGUUCGAUCAGCAGUGAUGGUGGAGUCUUCCUCAGAGUUCCUUCACCAGAGAAACAUCUGUAACAUCAGAACAAAUGAAGCUGAGACGAGUUCUACACAAAGACCACGAACCUCUGAGAUCUACCAGUUUCUCAGAGUCAAAAAUGUUUUAUUUUUUAUUUUAUGUUUUCUAAAAAGUCCAAAUUUACAGGAACCAACAUCUCAUGUUGUAGGAAAAACAAACUUUUAAAAACAAAAAUAUUUUAAAUAAAAUUAAAAUAAAUUUAUUACAUAAAAGUUAAAUUGUUUAAAUAAAUUCAGUGUUUAAGUUCAAGGUUUUUUCUCACUGUUGUAAAUAUUCUUCUGUGUACAUUUUAUUUUCCAGCCGACAUGUUUCUUCAUUUUCUUGACAAAAGCAGUUUCUGGUGAAAAUCUGGAGCUGAUGCAUCGAAUCGAAGCCGCUAUUUUUCUCUUACUGUAUUUAUAUUUUCUGUCACCUGUAUUUCUGUUGGAAAAGUCAGAAUUUUAAAUUAAUUUUUUCAAUUAUUUUAUGAACGUUUAAAAUAUUUGGUAAUUUAUUUUCUUAAAUAUUCGUGUACGUCUUUGUAUGAUGGGAUUCUGUCAAAG